AUGGAGACAUUACUGCUUUUCGUCUUGAUUUCCACAGUCGCUCUUUCAACCGAAUUUGCCUAUGAUGAUGAACGUAACGCAGAUCUUGCCAAGGAACGGUUCGCUCGUGAUCUCGCCAAGCAAAAGUUCGCAUUUGCCUUUGCGAAACGUAACCCAGAUAUGAGCGACGAAGCUCAGCAACGUUUCGCCCGUGAACUGGAAGGCAACAAAAAACGCGCCACGCCUCCAAUCUCCAUGCGAAAUCGUGGUGAACCAAGAAAUCUUGAACUUUUGCAGUGGUACUUUUAUAGUCAGAUCAAAUCCAUAACCACGUCAGAGUUGCUCUUCGGAGUCGCGUUCACUACUAGAAUCUAUCAUCCGAAUAUAAAUUCCAAUGGCAGUAUUUGUUUGGAUAUCCUCAGAUCGCAAUGGUCUCCAGCGUUGACAAUAUCAAAA